UACUGCUACAGCCCAUGUCUCUCCCUUCUGUCUGUCCCGUCUGUCUGCCUAUGUGUGUGUGUGCCUUUUCUCGCAGCACCGCUAAUAUGUAUAUCCUCUCUCUUUCUCUCUUUCUCUCUUUCUCUCUCUCUCUCUGUCUUUCCAAUCCACAAACGACUAUUAUUUCCCACCAGCCCUUUCCAUUUGUCGCUCACAAAUACCACACACACACCCGCCGUUCAAUCUUGCCAAAGCCGACUGACUUUGAGAACCCGCAUCCAAAAAAACAAACAAACAAACACACGCACACAAAGAAAGGGGAGGAAAAAGAAGACCAGUUUCCCCGAUUCUCCCGUACUUUCCCUGUCUCCCUUCGCACACUCAUGCAUAGCCAAACCAACGCUAUACAAACCGGCUCCAACACCCUUCCCAAAAACACAACACAGCAGCAUACAAAACAAACAAAGGAAAGGAAAAAAAAGACAAGCAGACCCGAUAUCCCGCGGUGCAAAAACUAUCGCUACACCCACGCUACUACUAUUUUCCGAAUCCUAUCUGAUAAUGGAAAGUCGGCCAGGGGGCGUAGGCAGGAAACGAUGA